CUGUCAGUCAGGCGGCAGCGCGCGUCGAUUGGCCGGACGGCCGCCGGGGAGCGGGGGCAGCACGUUGGGAUGCGCGCUACUUAAGGUCCAGCUGCGUGAGCCAUUGACGUGUUUGGAGCUGGAGUCGGCCUGGGUGCUGGCGGAGCGGCCGCCCGAGUAAGAAGACUGUCAGGAUGCCCAUGGUCACACAGAAGCUGAGAGAUCCCGACGUAAACCCUUGCUUGUCGGAGUCCGAUGCUUCCACCAGAUGUAUGGACGAGAAUAACUAUGACAAGGAGAGGUGCUCCGCUUACUUCCUGAAGUACAGAAGCUGCCGCAAGUUCUGGAAGAAGAGUCUAAGAGACAUGUCACUUAAGUGUGAAAUGCUUUAUUCUGAAAAGGAGACUGGAAAAGAGACCACACGUAAGUCGGCUUGGGACCAACUCAGAUUCCGGCGGCAGUCCUGAUGGUCCUCCCAGAGGAAGAAGAGGCAGCGGCAUCUCAGGGGCGCUGUCUUCAGAGUGGGC